UGAUUUGCCGCGAAUCUAACAUGGAGGUCGCAGCAAGUGAACCAAAGUGAACCGUUAACAAUCAGUCUUUAAUUACGUGUCAAUUGGAUUAAUAAUUCGAUCAGCGAGGCUGAUGAUUUUAUUAAAAUUCUGGAUAUUUCGGCAUUUGAGAACGCAGAGAAAUGCUGUAGACUACGUGGUAAAAAUGGAUUUCCUAGACGUUAGAAGAUCUUGACGGGCAUUAAUGUGGCCGUUUUCGAUUUACAUCAGAGAAGUUUCGCAAAUGCGAGUUAACGCGUCUCUGGGAAGCUUUUCCAUCACUUGAGAGUACGAGAGAAGAGCCUAGGUUAUGAUCUGUGUUUUUGGUGCCCUGUCAAGAAUCAAGCUCAGAGAAUGGUGAACAAAUUGCCACAGGAGUUUCGGAGGUAUCAGCGGAAUCGGAAUCACCUGCGACACAUAUUGAAGGAAACCCAACGCAUACUUGGAGUGAUCAAUUUGGAAAACUUUUUCGUUGGAGAAAAUAUCCUGGAAGAAUUAUUACCACCGCUGACAUUAAAUAGGAUUACUCACAUACUUGAAAACUGUCCUGCAAUAAUUGUUUUUGGUCAAGACAGCAGAGCAAAGGCAUCGUUAGUGAACAACCUCCUUUCUACACCAAUUCUUCCUGUGUGUACUGGUUCUUGGCGGUGGAUUAAAUUUGGCUAUGACAAGACAAAUCAUGUCAGCUUAAGUCUUGGCUUGGAGUAUGAAGUGGUAGAGAAAUUGCAUGCAAACGAAAAGUCAUGGAAUACACUGCCGACAGAUGAUUUAUGUAAAUCUGACAAUGAAGAUACCAACUGUCCAACAAUAUUGGAGGUGAAGCUUGAUCAGUCGACUUUAAAGGAUGGUGUGCAGAUUUUUGUCGUUCCUAAUGGAGGAGCCAUUGAUAUUUUGGCUAAAGGCUCUCUGGGUAUUCUGCCAAUCUUUCUUUAUGCUCUCAGCGAUUACUCUCUCACAGAACAAAAUGUAGAAGAAUUGAAGAACUUAAAGGAAACUUAUCCUUAUAAUCCAGUUCUGUUUGUGUCAUCUUUGACCGAUGUUUUGGUGGAAAGUACCGAUGAGGAGUUGACUGAGUCUGAACAGCACAGACUCCAGGCACGGCUACAGUCCUCCGACCUGAGUCACUCCAAAGAUGACAGCACAGUCGAGAAGGAAAACUCUCUUGAGCCAAACAGAAUGAAUUCCCUCGGCACAAUGUGGCUGGACCAGUUGACGAGGUUAGGAUUCUUGCGAGUUGAAGAGUCUGUUGAGGUGGAUCAAAUGUCUUGGCAGUACAAUUCGAGCUCCAGUGACUUUGUAGAAUCUUGCAAAAAAAUUGACCGUGUGGCAUAUUUCGUGCGCAGCUGCCUUCGCAAUUACCUAGUGAGUGCGAGUGACUAUUUGAAUGAAGUGCAUACAAACAGUCUGCGAAAGUGCAUUUUAAGUGCAUUCGACAUGGCCCGUGAAAUUCAAAUAACUCCAAAAAGGAUACAAUAUGUUCAACAGAAGGAAACAGAACUAUAUUCAAAUCUUCUAAAUGUGGUCAGUGAGAAGCAAGAAGAGUUAACGGAAAUGAUUCAGACAAUAAUACAGGAGAUGAAGGAUAACCUCGAAACGGCCAAUGAUAUGUACCUCUGUCAGGACAUUUCACUGGACGACGAGGAGAGAAGAGAGUGGUCAGCGACCGUUCAAGCAGCAACAGUAGAGGUCCAGAGACUAGUUCUGGGACGUUUGGGUGAACGGGUUGCGAAGCAACUUGUUAAAUCUGUUAACUGCUUGAGAGAUACCUUUGUUGGAACGCUGCAACGUUGCUUGUCAAGUCUAGAGAGGAAUUACGAACAAGAAUCCAGCUUAUUGGCUAGUGACGCCCUAAAACAGAUCCUUUCUGCAGCCUACAACGUGGACCUGCAAAACUCCUCUCCAUCCUUUGUGCACUCUUUUCUAGAGAGGCUUCGACAGCUCCUUAAAUCUCUGCCACUACCUUGGUCUCCAACACCUACUCUAGAUGAAUCUUGGAGAAAGAAGGUCACCAUUGAUAUCCUGAAUUCUCUGUCUUCUGCAAGACUAGCUCGAACUAUUUCCACUCAGUUCAAAGAUAAGAUAAGAUCUUCUCACGACGCUUUUCAAGCAGCAUUGAGAUCCCUGGAGAACCAUUGCUCCGGCAAACUCGAAAGAACCGAAGAACAACGAGUGGCCAUUCGAAGGUACCAUGCUCCAAGGCUCGCCAAGCUUGCUCUAGAAUCAACCUCUAUGAGUGACAUAGUGAGGUAUGGGAUUCCCUACCAAGGAAAGGAAAUUGGAAGGGGCCAAUAUGGUGUUGUCUUUGCCUGUGACGGAUGGGGUGGAGCACCAGGACCAUGUGCUGUCAAGUCAAUCGUGCCUCCUGACGAUAAGCAUUGGAACGACCUGGCAAUGGAGUUCUACUUUACAAGAUCUAUUCCAGACCACAAGAGGAUAGUGAAGCUUCGUGGUUUGGUGAUAGAUUAUUCGUAUGGUGGCGGAUGUGGCUUCAAUGCUGCCGUUCUCUUGAUCACCGAUCGACUAAGUCGAGACCUGUAUUGUGGUAUACGUGCCGGUUUAACAUGGCUCGAGAGAACGCAAAUAGCUAUCGAUGUACUCGAGGGCAUUCGAUAUCUGCAUUCCCAAGGCCUGGUGCAUCGUGAUAUUAAGUUAAAGAAUGUCCUCCUGGACACCGAUAAUCGAGCCAAAUUGACAGACCUUGGGUUUUGUAUCACCGAAGCCAUGAUGUCGGGCAGUAUCGUAGGCACCCCUGUGCACAUGGCUCCAGAGCUACUUUCUGGUCAUUAUGACAGCAGUGUUGAUGUUUAUGCAUUCGGAAUUUUGUUUUGGUACAUCUGUGCUGGGCAUGUACGCCUGCCGAUCGCUUUUGAACAGUUUCACAACAAGGAACAAUUGUGGAACAGUGUUAGAAAAGGAAUCAGACCAGAGAGAUUACCCCACUUUGAUGAGGAGUGCUGGAAGCUGAUGGAACAGUGUUGGGCAGGCGAGCCAUCUCAUCGACCAUUGCUUGGUGCGAUCCUCCCUGUGCUGGAGUCGAUAAACCAGAGGGCUGAACGAGGCAAGUCCUUACAAGCAGACAUGCUGAGGACACCGGAAAACUCUCCUGAGCCGAGGAGUCCAGCAUUAGCUCUGAUGGAACCUUAUAAUCAGAGAGGCACCUCCGCCAGUCCGCACCCCUUAAGACGUAGACCUCUGCGGGCUCUCAAGCACCCUGUCCUCCACAUGACCAAUUUCUUCCAAAAUAGUGUUUGCUCCAACCUCUACAUACAGAUGCGCGAAUUCUGAGACUUGCAUUCACUUCAUUUCAAGUUGUUAUCCAGAAACUUAGACGUCAGCUUUGAGCUUACUCUUUGACUUUUCACUGAUCUUUGACUUCUGCAGUGACUCUUGUGUUGUCUGAUGGGUUCUUCCUUCGAUGCUCUCUCUCUUUCCAAGGACCUCUUUAUGGUCAAACUUGCAAUAGUGUUGUGGAUAGCAUUAGUGUGUUGGAUUUUUGGUUUGUUAGAUGUGUAGUAUUCCUCCCCUUGGGAGGGAGUCUUAAUUGUUGACAUAUAUUUUAUUACAGUGAUUCUCAUUGGCCUCGGAGCAAGACUGAAUAUUUACAUAUUUUACAGUAGAGAGAGACCGUUCUAUCGCUGCCUGUUAGGUUCAUGUAAACUUUCUCAUUGAUUGUUGAUAUUGUAUAUUUUAUUCAAAUAAUACUCAUUGGUCUCAGGGCAAGACUGGAUAUAUGCACUUUUUACACGAGAAAAAACUGUCGUAUCUGUAAUAGGUUUAUAUUUACUUGAUCGUUGACUGACUGAUAACUGCAUACUGAACAUUUUUGUACGAUAUAGAAUCAUUGUAUGGCUCUCUAAUAGUAGGUUCACAUAAGAGCUUCCAUGGAAUAUGUUAACGUUAACUCUCCUUUUUGUAUAUUUUUUUAUAUUUAACUAUGUAAAUAAUAAUGGAGAAUUUGUUCACUAUUACCGUGAUUCAUGUCAAUGAAAGCAUUUCCUUUCUAAUAAAUUGUAUUUAAUUCGUCUU